UGCUAUCUUCUACGUUGGACACACCUGGCUGGUGCCUCAGAUCAAACCAUGGCUUAUUUAAAUAACUUCUUCUGGAAUAUUUCUGAUGAGCUAUGGUUCGAUGAGGCGUUUGAAAAUUUCACUGGCAUGCCACCCAUCGGAGAAGAUUAUAGCCCCUGUAGGAUAGACAGUGAGACACUCAACAGCUCCGCUGUGGUUGUCGUCUAUGUUGUGGUGUUCCUGCUGAGCCUGUUGGGAAACUCUCUGGUGAUGCUGGUGCUCCUAUGCAGCCAGGUCACCCGCUCUGUCACCGAUGUCUACCUGCUCAACUUGGCCAUAGCUGACCUGCUCUUUUCCCUGACCUUGCCUGUCUGGGCUAUCACCAGGGAGAAGGGCUGGAUUUUUGGCACACCCUUUUGCAAGAUGGUCUCACUCCUGAAGGAAGUCAACUUCUACAGUGGCAUUUUACUACUGGCUGGCAUCAGCAUGGACCGCUACCUGGCCAUUGUCCACGCCACACACACGCUGACCCGAAAGCGCCACUUGGUCAAGUUCAUAUGUAUGGGCAUCUGGGUAGUAUCUCUGAUUCUGUCUUUGCCCAUUUGCCUCUUCCGCAAGGCCUUUACUCUGAACGAUUCCAGGCUUGUCUGCUAUGAGUUCCUGGGUAAGGAGACAACCCAAGUGCGCCUGUGGCUGCGGCUCCCAUCCCAGGUCUUAGGCUUCAUCCUGCCACUGCUGGGCAUGCUGUUCUGCUAUGGCUUCACGUUGUGUACACUGUUUAAGGCCCAAAUGGGGCAGAAGCAUCGGGCCAUGAAGGUCAUCUUCGCUGUUGUGCUCGUCUUCCUGCUCUGCUGGCUGCCCUACAACCUGGUCCUGCUGGUGGACACCCUCAUGAGGACAGGUGGGAUCGAGGAGACCUGCGAGCGCCGCAAUGAAAUUGACCGGGCCCUGGAGGCCACCGAGAUCCUGGGCUUCCUCCAUAGCUGCCUCAACCCCCUCAUCUAUGUCUUCAUUGGCCAAAAGUUUCGCCAUAGGCUCCUCAAGAUCCUCGCAGCCCAUGGCCUGAUCAGCAAGGAGUUCUUGGCCCGUCAUCGUGUUUCCUCUUACAGUUCCUCUAGCACUGUCCCUUCGAACCUCUGAAAGCCAUUGAUGAAAGAGUCUCUCACUCUCAAAGGAAAGAAUACCACCACCCCAAGGCUGCUUGGGUGGGGAAGUCUGGCUCAAACCUCUGGGUUUGAGGGGAAACUACAGAGUGUGGGGGACAUGAAGGACCAGUGCCUCAGAGACCACACCGACCUUCUGAGGAAGUGCCAGAGACCUUCAAGGACUGGGCUCACACUGCCACGAAAAGGAUCAGCCUCAUUUUGGUUGAACUUGUACAUCUUUGAUCCAUUACUUAGGUCCUUAGCAUGGUCACAUCUGUAGCCUGAAUCUGACAGUAGAGCAAAGAACUGGGACAAAGCUGUGUUCCUAAAUGAGCUAGACCCUCUUGUAAGACCUCUCUAGAACAUCACCCCAAAUGCUGAGCGUGUCAGGCUGUUGGUAGCUCUGCAUUUUCUGGGUCAUCUGAUCUUGUGGAACUCUUUCCCAAUCUCUUGUGCGUGGUAGUAUGUGCUGAGGACAUCAAGGAAGGUGCUGCUGAAACAUCAAACCACCAGGUGGCCUUGUGGUAGAGCCAGAAAGAAUUUCCCCUUGGGUGCUGUGGGUGAACAAAGAAUGUUUGGGAAGCAAAAUCCUCUUCAUUUUACGAUCAUAGUCAGGGUGGUGAAGGUGUUGGAUACGUGCAGAGCCAUGGAUGGAGCGAGACUUGCCCUCUUGACGCUUCCAGCCUCAUAAGGAGCGCUGGCAACCUCACAGACCCACACGUCCUUGUCAGUCAGCUGGCC